GUCAUACAGCAUAUUCGACAAUAAUCGCCAGGAUCCCACGGGGCUGACAGCUGCUCUUCAAGCCACAGACCUGGCUGGAGUUCUGCACAUGCUCUACUGUGUCCUCUUCCAUGGCACCAUCUCGGACCCCAGCACUGCCAGUCCCAAGGAGAGCUACACUCAGAACACCACCCAAGUAGCCAUUCAGAGUCUGCGUUUCUUCAACAGUUUUGCAGCUCUUGAUCUGCCUGCUUUCCAGUCUAUUGUAGGGGCAGAGGGCUUGUCCCUUGCAUUCCGACAUAUGGCUAGCUCCCUGCUAGGCCACUGCAGCCAAGUCUCUUGUGAAAGCCUCCUUCAUGAAGUCAUCGUCUGUGUGGGCUACUUCACUGUCAACCAUCCAGAUAACCAGGUGAUCGUGCAGUCAGGCCGCCACCCUACUGUGCUGCAGAAGCUGUGCCAGCUGCCCUUCCAGUAUUUCAGCGACCCACGGCUCAUCAAAGUGCUGUUCCCUUCGCUGAUCGCCGCCUGUUACAACAACCGUCAGAACAAGGUCAUCCUAGAACAGGAGAUGAGCUGCGUCUUACUGGCCACCUUCAUUCAGGAUUUUGCACAGACUCCAGGUCAGCCAGAUAACCAGUCUUACCAGCCCAAAGGAAAGUACCCUGAUCCUCAAGACUACCUUGAGCUGGCUAACAGAUUUCCUCAGCAGGCCUGGGAAGAAGCUCGACAGUUUUUCUUGAAAAAAGAGAAAAAAUGAAUUUUGUAACUGGUUCUGUAUUUGAGUGCCCUUGUUGCUAUUUU